AUGGAGCACUGCCCAGCUACUUCUCGCUGCUUGCGUACCAUUAAUCGUUAUAAAACUGCGCUUGUACUUGAGUUCUUGUCGAACGAAAUCGGCGAUGCUUCCAACGAUGACGAAGGCAAAAUCGACCUGUAUCGCCUGCAGUUUUUCACUCCGGCGGAGCAUGUACCAUCUGAAAUCACGAUGAAAAGUUUGCUCAACCCGGUUCAUCGUUUGGACACAACACUAAUGAACAAGGCACGCCGCGUCGAACUGCCCAUGAUCUGUUCGCAGAAACAAAGUGAGUUAAGGUCCAGAAGACUGCGCAAUCGGUCGGAAAAUGCAAAGAAUUCCCUUCCCGACAAGAUAAACGAGACCAUACUCAAGUAUUCUGUAGUAACUACAGGAGGAUUAGAAAGACCGAUGUGUGCGUUGGACCUAUUUGAUCGUGGUUUGAUACCACCGAAUGUCCAAGUUCAGUUCCAUCCUCCGGUCAUGCGAACCAGUACGGCACCUAUCCACGAUUCUAAGGAAUGCGAAGAUAAAAUCAAGAUUUCUGUCAGUGAUUUCCGCGUCUACGAACACACUUUUAACACGGAUGGAUAUAGAAGAAUCUAUGGGAAAGGUGCAAUGCGAACACAGCCCGGACCGGUGUCACUGAGAUCUGUUCAUUCUGGAGAUGAUCAUUCAACACCUGUGACUGAAAUCCAAUUACCAAAGCAACCACCAUCGACCCCUGCACCUAACAUGGAAGAUGACACAUUACACUGGUUACGCGUCGAAUGCGGAGUGUUUGAUCGACGAUGUGCUGCGUUUCAGGACUUUGAAGAACACUACAGUCGUCUGUGGCCCAGGAUUUCUCGAGUAAUGGAGAAAUUGGAGCAGUUAUUUGCGAAGUACAACAUAACCACCGUCGUGGUGAAUGGUAAACAGUAA